GAGUGAGUGAUCAAAAUCACCAUUAGUGAUACAUGACGAGGGGCAACAUUAUUAUUUAUUUCCCAACAAAAUGUGUAUUGCCACGUCUAAAAGAAUACAACCUCAAAAAUAUAUUUCCUUUUCUUUUUUGGGCACCGAUCAUAAUUAAAUUAUAAAACUAUAAAAUCCUAACGCAGAACCUCCCAAACUCCCUUCGUUCGCCUCUCAUGGCAGUUUGCUCUGCCUCCGCCACCGCCAUCGGUUGCUAGUCGUCGUAAUCGGUGUCGGCGUCCGAUUUGCCGAAAGCAUCAACGCGAUACGUCGACCUAGGUUUUCUAGGGGGGAGGGAGAGAUAAUAAGGAACGAUUUUUGUUUGUGAAAAUUAGAUAUAUAAUACGAUGGCGAAGAAGAGGAAAUCGUUGGCAACGAGCCUAGACGAGGUCGAUCGGACUAUGUAUUCGACGUUUUGCAACGCCGCCAACUCUCUCUCUCAGCUUUACUCACAGGCCAUGAGCCAACAAAAGCUCUCAUUUCUAUCCGGUGAACGCCAUGGAUUGGAAAAGCUAUAUCAAUGGAUUUCCAAGCAAUAUGCAGAAGGAUUGAGAGUGACCACUGAAGACAUACUUGCUUAUAUCCAGGCUGAGUUAGAAUCUUCAGUGGAGGAGCCGCCAAUAGCUCCAAGAACAUUGCAGCAGCCGCAAACACAAGUGACAAAUCCGUUCAUAAAUUCAGGGCCAUCCAAUGUGCCAGGUGGCGUACAAGGUUUCCGAGCCUUCAAAGCUAUCAUCAUAUAUCAUCAUCAUCAUCAUCACCAUCAUCAUCUCAUGAACAUCAGAAUUUUGAUUCUUCAAUGGAUGCAGAUAAUACUACAGUCUUUCUUUCUGUCAAACGCUUUUCCGGUGAUCGGAGGCUACCAACUAUCAACUCCGGCGGUGGCACAGACAUGUGUAAAAGGGUAUAGCAACGGGCUCAACCUUCUAUUUUUAGGUCAUAAAAAAGAGGAAAAACCCAUGAAAGUUACACCGUGGACCCAAUACCAUUUGGUGGACCAAGAACCCGACCCAAACCCAAACCCAAACCCAAACCCUAACCAACUGGCUGCCAAUAAGAACAACCGUUGUGGCUGCGGGUGCGCUUCCUUAGCCUGUUUUGGUCGCCCCGAUACCACCGCUGCCCGACCUGCCCGAGAAGUAGUGAAAACCGCUUCGGAUUUGGAAAAAAUUGAAGAAAACUUUGGUAACUUAGAUUGUGUGGAAAGCGAGGAGGGGAAUAGUAAUGGCAUAAACGUAAAUUCUCUUAAAAGUAGCUUGAAAAGACGAGGUGUGGGUGUGGGUGUGAGUGUUUCUGUUAGUAAUGAUGAUGAGGUGGGGCCCGUGGAAAAUGAAAGAAGGAGUGUGCAUUGGACAGAUGUUACGGGUGGAGAACUUUGUGCUAUUCGGGAAUUUGAGCCAAGUGAACACAGUGAUUCGGAUGAUGAAUUUGAAAAUAGUAGCGGGAAAACAUGUGCGUGCAGGAUAAUGUAGUUUGAGAUUUUAGGUUUGUGUGGUGUGCUCUUUUUUUCACACCAAAAGAGAGAUUGAUUGGCACUUUUGAAGGAGUAAGUAAUGAAAAGCAAUGGUCACAUCAUGUCAACAUGCUGACAUGAUACAACUGUUGUAAAUGACACAAUGACUUUGUGUGUCUGAUUGAAUGUGACAGGUUGAGUCAUUGUUGUCAUUUACAGUGCAUACGAUAUGGGUGUUGUAUCAUGUCUGCAUUAUGAUAUGGUGCUAACGAGUGAGUUCUCUGCGAACGUCUGUUUAUAUUCCAGUUUUGUUUUUGUUUUUGUUUGUUUUGUCGUAAUUAACGUGGUUUUAUUUAAUUUUGUGAUUUGGUGUUAAUUUUAGAAUUUUGAGGUUUUUUAUUUGCUAGUGUUUUACUAGAUUACCAAUAUAUGGUUUUAAAAACAUGUGUUGUUACGCUAAAGUAAUAUGCAAUGUUUUUUUUGGGUGGUGGCAAAAGGAGCAUGUAGAAAAUGUUUGAGUAUAUCCAACACUAUAUGUAGUUGAAAAUUUAAAAUGAUACAUGGAUUAAAGUAUGGUCUAAAAAUGAAAAAAAAAAAAUGAUGAUAGUAUAAAAUAUCAUGUAGGAGUAAAUGCCAACAAAAGCAACAUACUUUUAAUUAUUCUUAUUUUAUGUGGAAUACCAAUAUAUUUUAGUCACAUUAUCUAAACUUAAGGAAAUAUAUUAAUUCAAGUU